AUGAAAGCUUCCGGGUCUCUUCUACUGGCGCUGCUCUCAGUGAGUGCUUCUGCUCAUUACGUCUUCAACCACCUUGUCGUGGAUGGAGUCGAAACCGGCCCUUGGCAAUAUGUUCGUGACGUCGCUGCCGAAGCCAACACAGGCUACAACGACAACGAAAUGAUCGGCAAGGUCCGCCCCCAAGAAGACAUCAACAGUGAAGCUAUGGCUUGCGGACGACAGGCCUUCCGAACAACACAAUCUACCCAAACCGUAGAUUUGCAGCCUGGUACCGCGCUCGGUUUCAAUAUACAGCACGACUUUGACAGCCAGGGGAAUGGGUUCGAUAACAUCUUCCACAAUGGCCCUGCUCAGAUAUACCUUGCGCGCGCUCCCAACGACGAUCUUUCGACGUUCAAUGGCACGGAGGGGAAGUGGUUCAAGAUCGCGAGUAUUACGGCUGCUCAUGAUACUCGCCCUAACGCUGACUACUGGAUUACGUAUGGGAAAAACAGGGUCAACUUCACACUUCCCGAGGCCACUCCACCCGGAAAAUACCUCCUCCGUAUUGAGCACUUCAUGGCGCCUCAAUUCUACGUCAACUGCGCACAUGUCAACGUUCUUGGGAAUGGUGCCGGUGUCAUAACUGAUAGCGAUUACGCGACAUUCCCCGGCUCUUACAAGCUCGAAGACCCAGGUUCGUACCCAUAUCUUUCGAUUAUUUGGUCGCACCGAUGUUUCCCUGUAUCUUCUGGUUUCUUCUUUCUAACGGAGACAAUAGCUAUCACCCUGGAUUACAAAAUCUGGAACAAACCAGGCGCCUUGCUAAACUACGUUGGGCCCGGCCCAAAAGUCUGGGAUGGAUCCGGCUCUUCGAAAAGAGAGGUCGAAUUUAUAGCGUGAAAAUGCGCUGUAGAUGAAUGGCUAGUCAUGGAAGAUGGUGAACAUAUGAGCGGUUUGGCGGCGCCAACAUAAAUUUUGAAGAUUUCAUU